GUAAGUGCACCCUCCUCCACCCUUAAAGUUAGACACCCCCUGCUGUCAAACCACCAAUCCAUUGAACCGGUUCAGAGGCCCAUAAAAGGCCUCCAAACCAGUUCCAUGCACAUCCCUAAUGCUGCUUGAAUUGAACAUAUAGUGUAUGUCAGGCUGCUGUCUGAAAACAGAAAUACUAUUAUUAAGAAUUAGUUCCUUUUUUCUUUUGCUUAGUUUACCCUUGAAUGUUUCAUCUCACACAAGUUGAUCUGGUAAAAGUAUUUCUGCCUGUGUGGCUGAUUAAAGUAAUAUUAUUAGUGAGAAAAUUUGUUUUGGCGUUGCUCAGAAGAACUUGCCUCGGGUAUUGCAAUUGUGUUGUCAGUCCCUCCUUCUUUCCUCUUCUUCUUUCCUCUUCUUUCUUAAAAAAACAAAAACAAAACUGGAAGCUUUCAGGCAAUGUUCAUGGCAGUGGAACUGGAUGCUAGAGGAUGGAAAGCAAAUGUGGGUUCUUUAACCCAGGAGUUCCCAACCUGGAUCCCCAAAUGCUGUGGAUUACAACUCCCAUCAUCCUCCACUAUAAUGGCUGAAGGCCAUAUAUGCAUCUGGAUUCAUUGCCCCUUUUUACUGCCUCAUGGUGAAGAUGUGCAGAAGGUUUUAGAUGAAUGGAAAGAGUAUAAAAUGGGAGUACCAACAUAUGGUGCAAUUAUUCUUGAUGAGACACUUGAAAAUGUGCUGCUGGUUCAAGGCUAUCUAGCAAAGUCUGGCUGGGGGUUUCCAAAAGGAAAAGUGAAUAAAGAGGAAGCUCCACAUGACUGCGCUGCUAGAGAGGUAUUUGAAGAAACUGGUUUUGAUAUAAAAGAUAGUAUCAAUAAAGAUGACUAUAUUGAAUUACGAAUCAAUGAUCAGCUUGCACGCUUGUACAUCAUUCCAGGAAUUCCAAAGGACACAAAGUUUAAUCCCAAAACAAGGAGAGAAAUUCGGAACAUUGAAUGGUUCUCAAUUGACAAAUUACCUUGCCAUAGAAAUGACAUGACCCCAAAGUCCAAGCUAGGUUUGGCACCUAACAAGUUUUUUAUGGCCAUUCCCUUCAUCAGACCACUGAGAGACUGGCUUUCUCGACGGUAUGGAGAUUCCUCAGAUAGUGACAAUGGAUUCUCAUCUACCAGUAGCACACCACCGAAACCCAGUAUAGAAAAACCGAGAUCCUCCAAACUUCAUUAUAGCCAGCAGGUGACAAUGGAUGGUUCUUCAGGAGACCAGUGGACAAAGCAUAGGCAAUUACAGCUGCAGAAGCCAUAUAACAAUCAUUUUGAAACAUCGGAGACUUUAAAAUUAAAGAACACGCGUGGCAAUGGCAGAAAGCAAUACCAAGACACUCCGAACCAAAAGAAGAGAACAAAUGGAGUCCAUAGUCAGCCAGCUAAACAGAUCCAAACUUUGAAAUGUGAAAAGAAGCUGCAUCCAAGACGACUUCAAGAUAACUUUGAAAUUGAUUCGGCCUAUGACGUAUGUUGUGCCUGUGAAGACCAGCUCCUAGAACACGGACAAUCAAUGCCAUGCAAUGGUCAUUGCAAAUUCACCUUUUCCUCACGAGCUUUCCUGAGCUUCAAGUUUGACCAUGAUGCUAUCAUGAAAAGUUUUGACCUCUGAUGCUUGUUCAUUUGCUCAUGUUGGCCAGAGACUUGGCCUUGUGCAGCUGAGCGGGUUUCUGAAUCCAGCCUUUACCCUUUCUCAGGUUUUAAAGCAAUGCAGGGACGUAGUGAUGGGCUGGAAGACUUUGUUCUCAUUGCAGCGUGGGAAUGGCAUCAGAACAGUGUUGCACUUUAAAUGCAGUAUAGCUUUCCCCUACAAAUGCUUUCCAGUGUUUAUUUGCUAGUUCCUAACUAUGCAUUACAGGGCAUUCUCUCUCUCUCUCUCUCUCUCUCUCUCUCUCUCUCUCUCUCUCUCUCUCUCUCUCCCCCCCCCCCCCGAACUUGUUUAAUUUGCUGUGUGUUUAGGUUUCAGAGAAGUAUUUUAGAAUUAGUGAGUUACUAACCACCUAAGCAUUUAGAUUUCUCUGAUAUACAUUAGUUCUUUAGUUUCCCAUACUUAACAGGAUGGUAACUAACCCUUGUGAAGCUUCAGAGGACACCAGCGUUCUGUACCUUGGAUAUAGGUAGGCCUUUUAUGACUUUGCUGAAAGCCAACUUCUGCUGAAUGAGAAUUCAGAAUUGUUUUCUUUUGUAGUCAGUUUCCUCUCUUUUUCCUCUUUUGCACUGUACUGGGACUCUUUUUUAAUUUUAUAAAGGCAUGUUUUAAAAUUGUAUUAACAUUAUGAAAAGCUGAAUUCUGCUCUGAUUUUUCAGCUCCAGUAGGCUAUGGCAGUGGUAUUCAGUGGCCAGUUUUUAUUUCCUCCUGCUAACUUUGCUUUAUCUCCCUUUCUGAAAUGUCAAUCAGAUCGGUUUAACUGGAAGAAUUGCAACUACUUUGAAGAUGCAUACUGGCUUGGGGGCGGGAUGAGUAUUUGAGGAGAUAAUUCUUGUUUAAUCAAAAUUGGGGAGACUUCCAGGCAUGUUCAAGAGAAUACAUGGCAUGUAAGCAUUUAGGAUUGUGAUGGCACAGUGUUGUUGCAGUAUUCUACCCUGGGAUUUGGUUGAUAUCUCUAAAGAGCUUGGUGUCACAGCAGUGGCUGCAAAUGCAUGAAGAUUCAAUAAUAUGUAUAUCAAAAAAUGUGAGAAGGCGUGCAAGAGAACUGAAUUUGAAGUGACCCCUUAGCAAUGCUGAAGUACAUGAAUGUAACUUGCUUACAGAGCUGCUGCUGGAACUUCCUCUCUCUGGGUGCUCUUUAUUUUGGCAGCUUGUGGCAGUAUUUCUGAUUUCUGAAAUGUUACCUAGGUGGGCUAGAUGUCUGACAGGGGGAGCAACUGAGGGAACCUUUCAUAUUUUUGGAAUUUGCCUAUGAAGCACAGGCUGCUCUCCUGCACAAUCCUGACAGUGAUUCCUUUCUGUUGCUGAGGGACAUGGGUAUAUAAACUGACACACUGGCUGACAUGAGGAAAAUUACUCUGAAUAGUCUCAUUGAAAUUAGGACAAAUUAGGCAAUGCCUAACUUGUCUUUGUAAUCCAGUGGGAUUACUUUGAGUAAUUUUCCUCAUGUCAGGCACUCUGUGUGCCGGUCAGUUCUGUUUCCAGGGCAUGUUUUAAAUUAUUGAGGAUGGCUUUUCCUACUGACGUUAUGCCUGUCAGCUACAUCCAGAAUUUAUUGGAAUCAGUAAGUUCUUUGGAUUUGGUGCUCUUUUAAGAGUAAGGUAGUUGAAGAGCUGGUGAUGUGUGCAGGUGCCACUUUUAACCCAUUCACCUCCAUAAAUGGGGAGAAUCUUUGGUCAGUAUUUAGUACAGUUUGACGUUUUUAACAAUACAAGUGCCUAACUUGCUAAUUUUUCAUUCACUGCAAAUUGUGUUUUCAGGCUGCUUGUGCCAGUCGUCUUCUGAUAUGUAGCUUGAUUUCCCAGGAAUGUUACUUUUAAUGCUGCUUCCUUUCACAAUGACAUUGAGUAAGAGGCACUGGCACAGUUAUGUGAAUCUUAAAUAUGAAAUGGAUGCCCUCUUGACGUGAAUAUGGAAAUGACUGUAGUAACAACAGAAGAUGAAGUCUCUAAAGUGGAAUAGCUUUGCAUUAAAGAGGAUGGGCAGGUUCUGCCCUAUCUUCUGGGAAAACAAAGCUUAACUCCUUUUAUUGUAAGGAAUAAUGACUUCAGCAGAGACAAUUUCAAGCUUUUUUCAUUCAAAAUUGCCCAGAGACUAUAAAAGACUAACCUGGAUCUAUUAAUCAAGCCUUAAAAUGUUUUGCAAGUAAAUGUGGUAAAUAUGCAAUAAUUUUCACUUUUUAUUUUUACAAGAUACCAUAUUUCAUAAGGUUAUAAUUUUAUGCGAUCAUGUCUUAAAAGUGGUUGGAUAUGAACUGCUUUAUGGGUUCCUGGGUGCCCAGCACUGUGAACAUUUCAGGUUGUUUAUCUUAUUGAUUUGUAUGUUUAUGUUUUGCUUGCAAAGUGUUUAAAUGAAUCAUUUUAUACUUGUGUAUUCCAAAGUGCAGGCAUAUGGUUUACAUGGAUUUCUGCAAAACAAUGAAGAAAAGGCAAUUGGGUGAUUGUAAUGGAUUUUUCCUUUCUGUGAUGUGGGCAUUUUAAAAGAUGGGAAAUAAAUGAUCUGUGAACAGA